AUGACGGGACUAGUGAGAUAUAUUCCCAAGAGUUCUCUAUGGCUCUGUCCGAUGUUUCUAAUCGGUUCAGACCUGAUUGCGAAUUUGUACGGUAGCGAUAAAGGACGAAAUAGUGUCUCUCGUCAGGUCCAGCGCAAGGGCAAGAAAAUACUUGGCUCGCAUCGGUCUCGACCAGCAAGACGCCGAAAUGGCAAAUCAGAUGCAGAUCGCGGUAUUUCACAGAAAAUUAGCGAGUUUGAAUGA